AUGGCAAAACGACGUAACAGCCCAGUUCGCCAGCUUGAGGACGAUAAAUCAAAUGCGGUACCCAUUACGUCUCGCAAAAAGCGCAGAACACCAACACAAAUGGCGGCGUACAGGGCUAACGAGGCCCGUGAAAAGGCUGCCGUAGAAGCCGCCAAAGCGGCCAAGAAGACUACACCUAAGACGAAGAAAGCAGUCAAAGCCAAACCGGCCAGUCCCUUUAUCGCAAAGGCUAAUGACAACGUUAACAUUGACGCCCUCGUUAACAGUGCCGCCCCGGCAGUUAAGGCUCAACAACCUAUGGCCAUUAAUGAUGAUCCGUUCGCAGAGGAACUAGUACCCAUUAGGGUUAACAAGGCCGCUAUUAACACGAACAAAGCCGCUACCACUACAAAUAAGGCCGUUACCAAGAAAACCAAGACGAAGAAGAAGUCGCAGCCCAUAACACCGGUUGCCAAUGACGCCGUAUAUGUUGGUCAUCACCAACUUGAUAUCAACUUCGAUGGACACAUACAUGUAGUAGAGCUAAACGAGUCCCAGCCGGUAUAG